AUGGCUGACGUUGAGAUGACCGAUGCUCCUCCCAAGACCAAGACAUCCAAGGCCGACACUGCUGACUCUGGAAAGAAGCGCUUUGAAGUCAAGAAGUGGAACGCUGUUGCUCUCUGGGCAUGGGACAUUGUCGUCGACAACUGUGCCAUCUGCCGUAACCACAUCAUGGACUUGUGCAUCGACUGUCAAGCCAACCAGGCAUCCGCCACCAGCGAGGAAUGUACCGUCGCCUGGGGCAUUUGCAACCAUGCCUUCCACUUCCACUGCAUCUCACGUUGGCUCAAGACCCGUCAAGUCUGCCCUCUAGACAAUAGAGACUGGGAAUUCCAAAAGUACGGCCGAUAA